GGGCUACUCCAGGAGGAAGCCGCCAGGCCGCUAGGCGCCGGGUGGGCGUGGAGGUGGGCGGUGUUCGACGUCCCCACGUGCCCCGAAGAGGAGAGGCAGGAGACCCCGUGAAGGCCCGGCGGGGAAGUCGCCGCCUCAGGAUGUUGGUGAUCCUCAAGGUCUCUGAGAUUCUGUCUCUUCCCCUCGCGAUUCUGCGGGACGUGCUUCGGAGGUGACCCUGGAUGAGCGGCGUUGCUGUCCCUUCAGUGAGCCGGGGCACGAAGAGUUAAAGUACCUGGGCCGCCGCCCCUGCGGCCCCUCCUCCAGCCGCCGGGAAAAGGAAAGUCUCAGCGGGGGCGCGGCCCGGCCCCAUCCCGCCGUACCCUGCCGCGGCGCCUAGAACUGUGAUCCCUGCGCUCCGCUCCGCAGCCCUGGACCGGGCCGCCAUGUCUCUGUGGAAGAGAACCCUCUACAGGAGCGUGUGCCUGGCACUGGCCCUCCUUGUGGCUGUCACCGUGUUCCAGCGCAGUGUGACCCCUGGUCAGUUUCUACAGGAUCCUCUACCACUCACGCUGGGGCCACCCAAAACUGGAAAUCUGGUCAAUGCCAACAGCUUCUGGAAGAGUCCAAAGGAGGUAGUGGCUCCCACCCCCUUGAUUCCUCGGGGACCCCAGGCCUGGGAUGUGAUUAGCACUAACUGCUCUGUCAACAUCAACCUGACCCACCAGCCCUGGUUCCAGGGUCUUGAGCCACAUUUCCGGCAGUUCCUAGCCUAUCGGCAUUGCCGCUAUUUCCCCAUGUUGCUGAACCACCCGGAGAAGUGUGAAGGCGACACCUAUCUGCUUGUGGUCGUCAAGUCAGUCAUUACACAACAUGACCGCCGGGAAGUCAUUCGUCAGACAUGGGGCCACGAGUGGGAAUCAGCAGGGCAGGGCAGGGGUGCUGUACGGACACUCUUCCUGCUGGGCACAGCCUCCAAGCAAGAGGAGCGAACCCACUACCAGCAGCUGUUGGCCUACGAGGACCGUCUCUAUGGUGACAUCCUACAGUGGGACUUCCUUGACAGCUUCUUCAACCUGACCCUCAAGGAGAUCCACUUCCUUAAGUGGCUUGACAUUUACUGUCCCAGUGUCCCCUUCAUCUUCAAAGGUGAUGAUGAUGUCUUUGUCAACCCUACCAACCUGCUGGAGUUUCUGUCUGACCGGCAGCCCCAGGAAAACCUAUUUGUAGGGGAUGUCCUGAAGCAUGCUCGGCCCAUCCGCAAAAAAGAUAACAAAUACUACAUCCCCACGGUCAUGUACAGUAAGUCUGUCUACCCACCCUAUGCCGGCGGCGGGGGUUUCCUCAUGUCUGGCACCCUAGCUCGGCAUCUCCACCAUGCCUGUGACACACUGGAGCUCUUUCCUAUUGACGACGUCUUCCUGGGCAUGUGCUUGGAGGUGCUGCAGGUGAAGCCCACAGGGCACGAGGGCUUCAAGACCUUUGGCAUUUCUCGGGUCCGAGGCAGCCGGAUGAACAAGGAACCCUGCUUCUACCGUUCCAUGCUUGUGGUACACAAGCUGCUACCUGCUGAGUUGCUGGCCAUGUGGGGCCUGGUGCAUAGCAAUCUCACCUGUUCCCUCAAAUUCCAGGUGCUCUAGUGUUGCUGGGCCACUGGCGUGUUUGGCCUCAAGUCCUUGGGGCCCUGGGACUGGAGACACAGUACAUGGCAAUAGCCUUUGGUCCCCUGUGGGAGGUGAAGGGUUUGGGCCUUCUGUGCCCCUGGGUGUGGUGGAGGUUGG